GGUGUGUGGACCCCAUCCCCCUCCUUAAUUCCCCCUCAGGAAAUUCUGCAUCCGCAUACAUGAGAUGGCCAAGAGCAUCAGAAGCAAGCGGAAAAGAAUGUUGAGAAACAUAAAGAGAGAGCGGUAUGCCAAGAAAGAACUAGAAAAAUUGAAACAGAUUGUGGCCUUGGCAGAGAAAGAUAAAGAUACAGAAAUGACAGACCUGUAUACAGUGACAAAACCCCUGGGAAGCAAAGAGGAUGCAGCAGCAGCAAAACCCUCAGGAAGUGAUGGUAUGGAAGUGGACUCCAAGCCUAGAGAUUCAAAAACUCUCCGUGAUGAAAAUGGACAUUAUCCGGUGUGGAUGAAUUCACGACGUGUCAAAAAGCACAAGAAGAGACUGCAGGCCAUCUCCAAGAAAAAAGAAAAGAAACAAAAGGCAAAAAAGAGGUGAAGAUUCCAAGGAGAUUAUAUGUUGUGUUUGUUAAGGGAGAGAAUUCUUUGUGUGUUAACAUUGCAACAUAGCAUAGUGUUUUUCUUAAUGGCUAAUUUUUUUGAAAAGAUUUAUUGGAAAAAAAAAAACAGGAAAUAAUAAUUACUUCUUUGAUAAAAGAAGUAAAUAAAUUGCUAAUUUUUGUGUCAGUUGAUACAAAUUGUUUGUAUUUUUGAUUUGUUUCACUCACUGAGAUGAAGAGUGGACAGUUUAAGAAAUGUAGUGGUAUGUUAGGACUUUGGCAGAGCUGGGAUUCAUUUUCCCUUAAGGAGCCUCUUUUUUCUUGUGCAUCAGAGAACUAUUAAAUUCAGUUGUUUAAAAAUCAUGUUGUUAAUAAACAUUGUCCAUAUAAGAUUA